CCCCCAGGGCGGCCGAAUGCCCGUCGCCCCCCGGAGGGCCGCUGAAGCGCAGAUCCGGACCCGGGCUUGGCUACUAAGGUAAUACGCCGGUAAAUGCUUUUUGGGGUUGCUUGACCACGACUCAGGCAGUUUGGCCCCCCUCUUAAUUUUGCCAACCUUAUUACCAGUCAGUACCUCUACUACUGGUUACUAGGCAUCUUAUUUAGACGGCCGCCGCCCCCUUCGUCACUCCCACACGCAAACUCUCACCAGCAAGCAGUUCUUUCCCCUACGUCACGUCACAUCGGGUCACGCCCAGUGCUCAUCUGCCUUUUUGUGUGUGUUUUGCCCUCGUCGUUGAAGCGAAUCCCUUGCUGCACUCCUCCUCUCAAACCGCCCCGCCCUCGUUGGAAACUUUACUUGGACUUUGGCCUCAGUACAGCCAUCUCGUGUGUGUUCCGGUCUCUUUUUGCGGGAACCCGGCCCGGCCAGCCAACCUGCGCUCCCGCCACACAUCCGGUCCUUGACUACCACCAUGCUCUCCUACGACAACUCGAUGCCCGUCAAGGGACAGGACGCAGCGCCCCCGGGCGCGUCCAACAGGGCCUCAUCGUCGGCCGCGGCGGCGGUGGCCGGCCGCGCGCCCAAGCACCACCACAUCUGGCUGGUCACCGGCCCCGCGGGUUGCGGCAAGACGACGGUGGCCGAGUACCUGGCGGGCGCGCUGGACGUGCCCUACAUUGAGGGAGACUCGUUCCACACCGAGGCCAACGUCGAAAAGAUGCGGAGCGGCGUCCCGCUAACGGACGCGGACCGGUGGGACUGGCUCACCGCCCUCCGCGACGAGUCGAUGCGCCGUCUCAACCUCGGAUCCGAGGGCGUUGUCGUGACGUGCUCGGCCCUCAAGCGCAAGUACCGCGACGUCAUCCGCGUCGCCGCCUACUACGACCGCGACAUCCUCGUCCACUUCAUCUUCCUCAGCGCCUCGCCCGAGGUGCUGCUCGAGCGCGUCUCCCAACGCAAGGGUCACUACAUGGGCGCCAACAUGGUUAAGAGCCAGUUUGACAUCCUCGAGCCGCCCGCCCGCGACGAGCGCGACGUCUUUAGCAUCGACGUGAGCCGCAGCAUCGACGACGUCAAGCGGGACGCACUGGCCACGGCCUCGGACAUUAUGCAGGCCGACCUCUAAGAAGACGACCGUACACUGCGAGGUAGACAGAUGGGGACGGUUUCAUUACUACUCUAUGCCCCCGUUUCUUUUUUGGUCUUGCCUGCUUUACACGCCCUGUUCUGCAUUGGGGACUGGAGUUACGACAGGGUCCGGCGUUUUUUUUUCCUGCUCGCCGUUGGUGGGCGUGCUUUGUUUUACCUUGCGCCUUCAUUUUAUUUUUUGGCCUUUUCCUUUUGCAUGAAUGGUCUACGGCGCUGGAUAGUUAGACCGCUUCCCGUCCCGGAGGCAGGGCAACCCUUCCGGCCCUCGGGUUUCGCGACCGGGGGGUUGAGGAGGGGAUGAGGUUGGGUUGCCCACAAGGGGGCCGGGGGGGGGCCCGCGAGGGCGAAUACAAGACAUAUACCAAGUACUAUACACACACACAC